GUAAUCUGAUUUUUCAGCAGGAGCUGCAGCACCCAAACUUCGGCGGCUUUGGCCCCAAUUGAACCAUUCUUGGUCAGAGUGAAAAAAUAUGAGGAGCAAUAGGACCUCGCAGACUUCACAGCACAGAUGGAUCAUAAAUGCGCCAUGAAUCCACAUGAGUAACGUUAGCUUGUUGCGAAAACGGAAUGUUCCUGCGCUGACAGCCCCAUGUCAAUAAAUUACAGACAGUAGCUUUUGAGAAAGAAAUCCCACAAUAUAUCGGGAAGCAAACCAAGAUGGAGUGCGAGUGGAAACCAGACGACCAAGGACUUCAGCAAAUUCUACAGCUUUUGAAAGAGUCCCAGUCUCCCGAUACGUCCACUCAAAGAUCCGUCCAGCAAAGACUGGAACAGCUCAACCAUUACCCAGACUUCAACAACUACUUGAUAUUUGUGCUCACAAAGUUGAAAUCAGAAGAUGAGCCAACCCGGUCUCUGAGUGGUCUGAUCCUGAAGAACAAUGUGAAGGCCCAUUACCAGAACUUCCCCAAUGGAGUGUCUGACUUCAUCAAGAGCGAGUGUCUGCAGAACAUCGGAGACUCCUCACCCCUCAUACGGGCCACUGUGGGUAUCCUCAUCACUACCAUCGCCUCCAAAGGGGAGCUGCAGAACUGGCCUGAGCUGCUGCCCAAACUCUGCCUUCUGCUGGACUCUGAGGACUACAACACCUGUGAGGGGGCGUUUGGAGCUCUUCAGAAAAUCUGUGAGGACUCCGCAGAGGUCUUGGACAGUGACAUGUUGGACCGUCCGCUCAAUGUCAUGAUCCCAAAGUUCCUGCAGUUCUUCAAGCACAGCAGCCCCAAGAUCAGGUCUCAUGCCAUCGCCUGCGUCAACCAGUUCAUCAUAAGUAGGACCCAGGCCCUCAUGCUGCACAUCGAUGGCUUCAUUGAGAACUUAUUUGCCUUGGCGACUGAUGAAGAACCGGAGGUGAGGAAGAACGUGUGCAGAGCUCUGGUCAUGCUGCUGGAGGUCCGCAUGGACCGUCUCCUACCACACAUGCACAACAUUAUAGAGUACAUGCUGCAGAGGACUCAGGACCAGGAUGAGAAUGUGGCUCUGGAGGCCUGUGAGUUCUGGCUGACCCUGGCUGAACAGCCUGUAUGUAAGGACGUUCUGUGUAACCACCUCUCCAAGCUGACUCCGGUGCUCGUCAACGGGAUGAAGUACUCGGAGAUCGACAUAAUUCUGCUCAAGGGUGACGUGGAGGAGGAUGAUGAGGCCAUCCCUGACAACGAGCAGGACAUCAGGCCCAGGUUCCACCGCUCCCGUACGGUUGCCCAGCAAUACGAGGGUGACCGGGACGGCAUUGAGGAAGAUGACGAUGAAGACGAUGACCUGGAAGAUGAUGACACCAUCUCUGACUGGAACCUCCGUAAGUGUUCAGCAGCGGCGUUGGAUGUGUUGGCUAACGUGUUCAGAGACGACCUGCUCCUCCCUAUCUUGCCUCUCCUCAAAGAGCUCCUCUUCCACCCAGAGUGGGUCAUCAAGGAGUCUGGAAUACUUGUUCUGGGGGCCAUCGCUGAGGGUUGUAUGCAGGGUAUGAUUGCCUACCUGCCAGAGCUCAUCCCCCACCUGGUGCAGUGUCUGAGUGAUAAGAAGGCCCUGGUGCGCUCCAUCACCUGCUGGACCCUGAGUCGGUAUGCCCACUGGGUGGUCAGUCAGCCACCUGACACCUACCUGAAGCCCCUGAUGACUGAGCUGCUCAAACGCAUCCUGGACUCCAACAAGAGGGUGCAGGAGGCCGCCUGCAGUGCCUUUGCCACUCUGGAAGAGGAGGCGUGUACAGAGUUGGUUCCCUACCUGGCCUAUAUUCUGGACACUCUGGUGUUUGCCUUCAGCAAGUACCAACACAAGAACCUGCUCAUACUGUAUGACGCUAUAGGGACUCUCGCUGACUCUGUGGGACACCACCUCAACAAGCCGGAGUACAUUCAGAUGCUGAUGCCCCCACUGAUAGCAAAGUGGAACCAGUUGAAGGAUGAAGACAAGGAUCUGUUCCCUUUACUAGAGUGCCUUUCGUCAGUAGCCACGGCUCUCCAGAGUGGUUUCCUGCCCUACUGUGAACCUGUGUACCAACGCUGUGUUAACCUGGUGCAGAAGACCCUCGCUCAGACUAUGCUCCACCAGUCCCAGCCAGACCAGUACGAGGCCCCUGAUAAGGACUUUAUGAUUGUGGCCCUGGACCUACUCAGUGGAUUGGCUGAAGGGUUGGGCGACAACAUCGAGCAGCUGGUCGCGCGUAGCAACAUCCUAACGCUCAUGUACCAGUGCAUGCAGGACAAAAUGCCUGAGGUGCGUCAGAGCUCCUUUGCUUUGCUGGGUGACCUGACUAAGGCUUGUUUCCUGCACGUAAAGCCGUGCAUUGCUGAUUUCAUGCCUAUAUUAGGCUCUAAUCUGAACCCAGAAUUGAUAUCGGUGUGCAAUAAUGCAACAUGGGCAAUCGGAGAGAUAUCUAUACAAAUGGGUGCUGAGAUGCAACCAUACGUGGCCAUGGUGCUGCACCAGCUGGUUGAGAUCAUCAACAGGCCCAACACCCCAAAGACCCUGCUGGAGAACACAGCAAUAACAAUUGGUCGUCUUGGUUACGUUUGUCCUCAAGAGGUGGCACCGAUGCUACAGCAGUUUAUAAGACCCUGGUGUACCUCUUUACGUAACAUAAGAGACAAUGAGGAGAAAGACUCUGCGUUCCGAGGCAUCUGCACUAUGAUCAGUGUCAACCCAGGAGGAGUUGUGCAGGAUUUUAUAUUUUUUUGUGAUGCAGUGGCCUCAUGGGUAAAUCCAAAGGAUGAUCUGCGAGACAUGUUUGGCAAGAUCCUCCAUGGGUUCAAGAACCAGGUGGGCGAGGAGAACUGGGGGCGUUUCUCAGACCAGUUCCCUCUGCCUCUGAAGGAACGACUGGCAGCCUUCUACGGGGUGUAACGCUUUCCAUAGGAACAGGCCUGGUCAAGGGGGUAAUUCACUAUGGGAGACGACGGAUUGGAACCCCUUAUACCCAGGGAACAUGUUACCCUUUACUGGGGGUAGGGUCUGCCAGCUGGGGAGGGAAGGGGGUGCAGAUCGUGAACCCUCCUCAACCUUCUGGAUGGGCGGGGUGGGAGGGAGGUGUUAGCCAGCCGUGGCACUACCGCCCCCCCACGCAACAGGCGAGGGGGACAUGGGGACUGGCGGGCCAAAUUUAUCAAGGGAUGAAAAAUGUAUUUAAUCAUUUCAACAUCACAAUCAGUAAUGAAAAGAUGUCAGCUUAGCUUUUUGUUUCGUCUCUUUUUAAACAUUUUCGUUCAUCCUUGCUCUCCAGCGACGUUAAACAAAACAAAAAAUAUGGGGGAAACUUUUGUUUAGUUGUGGUAAAAUCAUGGUUUUAUAUUUACAGAGGGGGUAGUGCUGAUUUUGAGGGUAAGUGGUCAGUGAAGAGCUUUUUAAUCAAUACGUAUCGGCCGGAAAGUGUCACUCAGAGGUAGGGGGAGGGAGGGUCUUGGUGUAGAACUAGACUGGAGGAUACCAACCAUAAAAUAUAUGUAGGGGUGGUUAAAAAAAAUCAGGAAGUUGCAUGGAAAUGUUGUUAAUGGUCUCAAAGACAACAUAGUAUCCUCAACAGCCAGGACAACAGCAGCGGAGGGUAUUCCAGUAAAGUAAAUGCUGAUACUAUCAUUAAUUUCAAAAAUCGAACCAGCAAGUUUUUCUUUUUUCUUUGGGAAACUGCCUCUACAUAUCUUAGAAUAAGAAUAGCAUGUAUUUUCUUGUAGUCAUCAAAGUAAUUACAUUGAGUUAAUAAAAACAUCUUGUCAGUGCAUAUUUCGAGUAAUAUCAGAGUUUAAAUCUUUAUAGGCAGGUCAGAAGUUGUUGACCAGUCGGUCAAACGCACAUCACAGACAGAAGUGCAUAUGAUUUUUAUUUGUUGUGGUUGAAAAGUGACUUGUCUUAAAAACAGGAAAUAACUAAGUAGCAUGCUUGCGUCAAAGUUGGAAGUGAGGACAGUGGGUGUACAACGUUAGUGACGUCAGUGUGUGGCGGAUAGUUGUGGUAUUUCUUGUGUAGCCCUGUGAUGAGGUUUCUUAAACAACCAUGUAGUUUCUCGUUUUUCAGGUUUUUAUCCCUCCACCACCCCUUUGUUUACCAGAGGCUUUCCUGUCAGUGUCUAGCAUGAACCAGGUUUAGAAAACAUACAAGUCUGGGAACUACCUUUUUUAUAUUCUCAUCUAGUUGAAUCCAUCUAGCAGGGUUUUGGUUGUGAUUCUAAAAAGAGACCGUGAACACUGCUUCAUACAUGUCGUAACUUUAAGGUCAACUUUCUCAGGCUGCCUCUGUUCUGUGCUGUGGAAGUGGCGUGUUCUCUGCAUGCAUGGACGUUUUACUAGCGGCCAUAAUAUCAGACUCUUAGAUGCUUACCUGACUCAUAUUGUUUAAAAUCUCAAUUUCAAUCUUUCUCACCUUUCCCGAAAACAAAACUUUGAAUCGUGGAGACGUAUUUCUAACCUUGUCAGAGGAGGGAGGUAGGGAGCGGGGUAGAGAAAAGGCAUACAGGGCUUUGGCUGAACGUGUUCCUCCUUUGUUCCUUGAGUAUUACUACUGGGACUAUGGCACUGUCUUGAUAGCGUGUCUGUCUCUGACCUUGGUUGGUUGUCGAUCCAAAACUCAACAGCAAGUAAAUCGUUGUUUUAAAUGAUUUUUUUUUUUCCUUGUACUGUUUUUUUUUUUUCUGUUAUUGUGGCUUUGCUUUUUGUUUUAAAAGCACGACCUUUGAGGAUGAUUGUAAUGACCGUUUUGAAUGCAGCGUACUCUAAUGCUUGAUCCCUUGCGUGUUGGUGGCCCUUUACUUCCCAAACCAUUUAGUUGACGUAGGAGCAUUCCCCCCCCCCCUUAACCUUUUACCCGUAGCCCACAUCCAAAUGUAUUAUCUUGUUAAAUACUGUGACACUUGACCUACUUUUGGUUCCUUUUUGUUUUGGAGUGUUAUUGUUUUUGACAGUCUUGAAGUCGUUGAUUGCCUGAUUUUAUCCCAUGGUUGUCAGAGAUUGGGUAGGGGAGAAAGCAUCUUUAUGCCCAACCAACUAAUCAUAUUAACUCUGUAGGUGAGUGUAAUCAUUUUUGUAGUAUUUUGUCCCCCCCUCACAAAGAACAUUGGAAGCACUUGUUCAAACAGACUACACAUACACAUACUUUUAGUAGACCCACACAUUUACGUACUCAUAAAGUAUUCAUUUACAGGAGACUUAUAACACUAAACACCUCAUGUAUUACUUCACUGGGUAUUCGAUAUGGUAUAGUCACUUCUAAAUAUAUAUAUUUUUAAACUUGUGGGUGUAUUUGACCUGUUUUUAAAUAUAAGAUUCUCAAUAUCAGAAAUGCUCUAAAAGAUAAAUGGUGUCAACUAAGCCUGGAUAUGAAGUACUGCAGAUAUAGUCACAAACCCUUUCCAAAGCCAACAAACUAAUGUUAUUAUUAUUAUACAUUUUGUAUUAUUGUUAUUUUUGUAACUGUAUUGAUGGGAGGUUUUACUCAUUGGUAACAUGUAGUUAAUGGGACAUUUUAACACUAGUAAAACAAACUAAAUGAUGGGGUAUGUCAAGUUAGCCUGGAUCCAAACUGGAUUGUUCCUUUUCACUUCACCAGGCUAAUAAGACAUCAUGGGAUAUAUGGAGGCACUUGUUUCUGUAGUUGUUUUUGUGCCAUGUCUGUUGUGUCCUGAAGUUGAAAUUAAUUUAGUUUUUGUCACAUUCCAGGUGUUUGGCAUGUAAAAAAAAAUGGAUGAGGCAUGGCUUGAUUGGUUUCGUCCUACCACUACUUGUCACACUGAAUUAAACAAAUUACAAACAUAGAGGGCCGGUUUCCGAGAUACAGGUUAAACCUAGUGGUGGACUAAAAAGCAUGGUGAAUGGAGAAUAUCCACUGAAGUAUUUGUUUAUUCCAGGACUUAGCUUUAUCUGUGUCCCCCGCAGAACCGGUGUGCUGUGUGCUUUUUUACCGAUAUUGCCGCUGCUAUGGUGUAGUUUCUUUACUUGAAUAUUUGUUUGUAGUAACCUCAGGAGGUUAUGUUUACUGUUAUUUUUCUUGUUGUUAUUUUCCAAAUGUAUGCCUUUUUUCCAUCUCCCUUUACCGAUAAGAGAUUAGUAAGCCUCUCCUGCUUUAACCCUUGAAUACAGAGCAUAUACCUGUCCAUGGGUGUUUAGUUCACUGUGUUUUGAUAUGUGUGCUAGCUCACCAUUAAGACACUGAGACUUACACACACCCAGAGUCAGUGUCAAAGAAUAAUUGUUAGCUAGAUAUACACAGACAUUCAAAUUGACUUGCAACUUUGAGGAAUAUGAAAUUAGGAAGAGAACUUGCACAUAAUUAAUGCAACUGUGGCAAAGUGAUUGUAAGACAUUUUUAGGUGGUAUUAAAAUGUAAUAUGUACAUGAUGCCUUGAUAACAACUGGAUGAUUUUGAUGGUGAUUUGUAAUGAUGGUGAUUCAUAAUGUUUUCCAAUAAUGGAAGAAAGACCUUGGACAUUAAGCGAAAAACAAAUAGGCUCAUGGCUUCUUACAGCUUUGUUUGCAAAUUGAGGUCUUUCAUUGAAGAAGCGAGGGGCAAAAAUAGCUUUAUUGAAAAAUCUUAUUCUCUUUUUAUAGCAUCAACCAACCGCAGUAGAAUGUCUCAUUUAAAGGACACCUCUAACAAUAGCUUAAUACCUUCAUUUAGCCAUGAGAAGAAAAAAACUUGACUAGAAUUUCUCCCAAGUCUGCCUUCACCCGUUUUGCUGAAUAAUGUAAGAACCUAGUUAUUUUAUUUACAGUACCAGUCAAAAGUUGAAACACCUACUCGUUAAAGGAUUUUUAUUUAUUUAGACUAUUUUCAUUCAUUGUAGAAUAAUAGUGAAGACAUCAAAACUAUGAAAUGGCACGUGGUCAUGUAGUAACCAAAAAAGUAUUAAUCAAAACAUUUCAAAUUCUUUAAAGUAGGCACCCUUUUCCUUGAUGACAGCUUGACACACUCUUGGCAUUCUCCCAACCAGCUUCAUGUGAGGUCGUCACCUGGAAUGCUUUUCCAACAGUCUUGAAGGUGUUACCACAUAUGCUGAGCACUUGUUGGCUGCUUUUCCUUCACUCUGCCAUCCAACGCAUCCCAAACCAUCUCAAUUGGGUUGAGGUAGGGUGAUUGUGGAGGCCAGGUCAUCUGAUGCAGCACUCCAUCACUCUCCUUGGUCAAAUAGCUCUUGACACAGUCUGGAGGUGUGUUGGGUCAUUGUCCUGUUGAAAACAAAUGAUAGGCCCACUAAGCACAAACCAGAUGGGAUGGCGUAUAGUUGCAGAAUGCUGUGGUAGCCAUGCUGGUUUAGUGUGCCUUGAAUUCUAAAUAAAUCAGACAGUGUCUCCAGCAAAGCACCAUAACUCCACCACCUCCAUGCUUCACGAUGGGAACCACACAUGCAGAGAUCAUCAGUUCACGCGUCUCACGCGGCGGUUGGAAUCAAAAAUCUUAUAUUUGGACUCAUUAAAAGGACAUAUUUCCACUGGUCUGAUGUCCAUCACUCGUGUUUCUUGGCCCAAUCAAGUCUGUCCUCCUUAUUGGUGUCCUUUAGUAGUGGUUUCUUUGCAGCAAUUUGACCAUGAAGGCCUGAUUCAUGCAGUCUCUGAACAGUUGAUGUUGUCUAUUAAUUGAACUCUGAAGCAUUUAUUUGGGCUGCAAUCUGUGGUGCAGUUAAUUGCAGAUUUGAGGCUGUUAACUCUAAUGGACUUAUCCUCUGCAGCAGCGGUAACUCUGGGUCUUCCUUUUCUAUGGCGGUCUACAAUGGAGCCAGUUUCAUCAAUGCGCUUGAUUGUUUUUGCGACUGCACUUGAAGACUUGUAAGUUCUUUAAAUUUUCUGUAUUGACUGACCAUGUCUUAAAGUAAUGAUGGACCAUUGUUUCUUUUUGCUUAUUUGAGAUGUUCUUGCCAUAAGAUGGACUUGGUCUCUUACCAAAUAGGGCUAUCUUCUGUACACCACCCCUACCUUGUCACAACACAACUGAUUUGGCUCAAACGCAUUAAGAAGGAAACAAAUUCCACAAAUCAACUUAACAAGGCACACCUGUUAAUUGAAAUGCAUUCCAGGUGACUACCUCAUGAAGCUGAUUGAGAGAAUGCCAAGAGUGUGCAAAUCUGUCAUCAAGUCAAAGGGUGACUACUUUGAAGAAUCUUGAAUUUAAAAUAUUUAUUUAACACUUUUUUUUCUCUGUAACUACAUGAUUCCAUAUGUGUUAUUUCACAGUUUAAGUCUUCACUAUUAUUCUACAAUGUAAAAUGUAAAAAUGAAGACAAACCCUUGAAUGAGUAGGUGUGUCCAAACUUUUGACUGGUUUCUGUAAAUGCUGAUGAAAUUUUAAAGGCCCAGUGCAGUCAAACUUUAUUUAACUGUUUUAUAUACACUACGAGACUGGAAUAAUACUGUGAAAAUUAUAAUGCGCUUUUAGUGCGAGAGGUUUUUGAAAAGGCCACCUGAAAUUUCAGCCUGUUUUGGUGGGAUGGAGUUUUGACCUUCCAUGGUGACAUCACCAUGAGGUAAAUUAGCUAAUAGACCAAUAAGAAAGAGGGUUAUAAACCUUUCUGCCAAUAACAGCUAAUUUUCAGUUUUCCCCUACCCACUCCCAAACAGUGCAAGCAACAUUUUUGCUUGAGAAAUCGAUCUUUGCUAAGAAGCUAUUUUUGUUUAUUUUGGACCAUUUUAAUUGAAAGCGUUGGGCCAGUAACUGAAAGGUCACUGUUUUGAAUCCCGAGCCGACUAGGUGAAAGAUGUCUGUGCCCUUGAGCAUGGCAUUUAACCCUAAUUGCUCCUGUAAGUCACUCCGGAUAAGCGCGUCCACUAAAUGACUAAAAUGUACUUAAUUGUUUCCCAGAAAUGAUUUGAUAGUGAGAUAAAAACAGCUGCAUUGGACCUUUUUUUUUUAAAGGUAAAAUAAUUUUCGGGGCCACCAAAUAUUUUGGAUCAUGCAAAGAAUCUAUAUUGUACUGUAGUAAUUUUGUAAUGACAUUUGUAUGAUGUGAUGGAUGUUAACGGUAAUCACUGCUUGGAUCUGUACAUAGUUGAGAAUAAAUUGUUUACAUAA